ACCGCGGAACUUGGGAGUGUGUGUGUUCCCCGCUGCCCCUUAUAAUCAUCUCUUGGGCUGGGCCUAGCGCGCCUUACUUUGAGCCUUUGGGCCAUCCAAUCCCCCAAGAAGUGUCCGUCCAUCCAUCCCCCCACGACCCAUCCAAUGUUCCCCGCCGCACGUUGCUUCGUCCCCCUCCACCCCCAGCCGCACGCCACAAUCCCGUGCCGCCGCGCGCCGGCGCGCACCGCGGUGUCAGCCAAGCCGCGGCGCUGGACCAGAGGCCCCCGCCGCGACCGCUCAUGGGACGAUGACGGCGGUGGCAGCGGCUCCGAUGCCGACGCCGACGACGGCUUCUUCGGGCAAGAGCAGGACGACGACGAGGAGCCGGAGCGGGAGGAGGCAGCGGCCGGACGGACCGCCUCGCCGGCACCGGCGCCCGCGGGGGGCCAGCUGCGGGGGUCCGACGUGCUGCGCGCUAUGCAGAGGGCCGCGGCGGCGAAGGAGGCGGCCAGGAGGAAGAACGACAAGAAGCCGGUGGCGCGGCGGCGGGCCAAGGAGAAGCCGGAGGGAGGCGACGUGGAGGUCCGGGAGGUGAGGCCGGUGGUGAUAAGGCCCGAGUGGGCGGCGAGGAUCCGGGAGCUGGAGCUCAGGGUCCAGCAGCUCGCCGACAAGUACCACCACCACCAGUAGGCCCGCUUGUGACUGUUACAAGCUGAGCUGAGCAGGGACUGCUCUGCUUUGUGCUUUGUCAUCUCUCCUCUGCCACGCACACUGCUAAUCUCGAUUCAGGAUGCAACAGGUCUCGUUUAGAUCGCAAGUUUGUAUAACAUUUGGAACUUUUUGCUACUGUAGCGUUUUCGUUUGUAUUUAACAAAUUUUAUCUAAUUAUGGUCUAACUAGGCUUAAAAGAU